AUGGCGUGUCCUAUGCUGUAUGUAGUGUUAUUUGCAGCCGUAUCCUUGUCUCUAUUCCCUAUCAUUUCUCCUUCUCCGACAAAGACAGUAGCCGCUCCAUAUGCCCCAUCGCCUUCACCAAUAGCGCACUCCUCACACGAACUGCUGCAACACAUUUGUAACCAGACAUCGGUAUAUGAGUUUUGCAUGGAAGCUCUUGGAUCCGAUCCAAGAACCGCAUCGGCGCCCGAUAUCCUCUCUAUUGCCAAGAUUGCCCUUGAUCUGGCAAUGACGAAUGCAACAAACGUACGCAAAUACAUCGACUGCAUGCUUAAGCGGAAGGAUCUCAAGCCCGCCGCCCUAAAAAUCGCCCUUGAAAAGUGUGGUUCUUGGUACGAAUCCGUGUUUUAUUCUUUCAGAAGCGCACUGGUUGAAGUGGGAGAAGAUGAUGCGAUGACAGCAAACUAUGACGCGCAGGUUGCGGGCGACUACAUUCAGGAUUGUGAAUUGGAACAGUCAUUUCGUGGGGUUUCUGAUCCGUCAAUUUCAGCCAAAGGCCAAGUGAUGAUGCAUUUUGUUAGGAUUGGAGAUACUGUCACUGAUCUUCUUUGGCCAUCCUCCUAA